UAUUUUGUUUUUUCACACGUAAAAAUAACACACACGCUAGUUUUGAACGCAUAGCCAUUAAUCCUCCUCUCCACAUUUACAGCAUCUUUCAAUAACAACAAACCGAAACCGAAACCCGAAAGCCAAAAGCCAAUCUUUCUUCUUGUGACCCUUGCUUGAAAUUCCCUCUUUAUUGGCAACUAAUUUGAAACCAAAACCUAACUGUAAAUUGAAGACUAUUUUCUUAAUCUUGAUUGGUGCGUUUCGUUUCUCUAAAAUUCUUUGUAAAUGCUCUUUUAUGAAGCCUCCUUGGGCCGUCUCAAAAUUUCCGGUACGAUUUGGCUUUCAAUUUUAGGUUUUCUCUUUUGAUUUUCUAAUUUUCGGCUAUAUUUAGUUGUCCUCUGUUUUUCGGGUUUAAUGUAUAAAAGAGCAUUGCGUUGGGAGCAGUUCUUUAUAUGUUUUUAUAGUUUCGUAUAACUUCGAGUCUUGAGAUUUAAUCGUUUCUUCCGAGACUGUCGGUAGCAGCUGAUUGUGAUUUUUGUGUCGUUUCACGGUUAAGAUCUCUCAACCCAAAAGGUCAUUUUCGAUUGAAAAGAUCAUUUUAUUUGAUUCCUUUCAAUUUUUAUUGGGUGGGUAAUUUUUGGAAUCUUGAGUAUUAUCCGCUUGAUGAGAUGUCUAAAUCAUUUUUUAUUGUUUGUUUUCGAUGAAAGAAAAAGUUUUCGGAAUUUAAUGGUUGAUGAAAUGUCAAAAUCGAAUCUUGCGUUUUUAAUUUGUUUCCAUCCUUCUCUCAUGUCCAGAUCAGUUGCGUUUCUGAGAUUGUUCAAAUGAUAUAGUAAUUUUAUGUUUUUCGGUUCCUUUUAUUUUAAUUUUCAUGUUUGGUUUCCAAGAAAAUUGGAAAACUGGGCAAUUUAAAAAUAGAAAAUAUAAAGAAUUAUAGUAAUUUAUGGUUGAUUAUUAGGUGGAAAUGAUUGAGAGUGCAGUUGUCAAUUUUCUUUUCUGGUUAAUGCAAGAAAUUGACUUAAAAAAAAAAAAAAAAAGAAACACCUCUUGUUUAUGCUGAUUCCGUGUACUCACUCCUCCAUUUCAGACGAUAUAAAUUUGCUUUUAAGUUUUCUGCAGUGAAAGUGAAUUAUGGAUAUAGCUGAGCUUGAAGAAAGUCUGUUUGCGGCUAGUGAUGCCAAGUUACAUGGCAACCUGUGCAAGAAACUGUCCGCAAUUUAUUGCAAAAUCUUGUCAAUUUUUCCUUCUUUGGAAGCUUCACGGCCUAGGAGCAAAUCUGGUAUUCAGGCCUUAUGUUCAUUGCACAUAGCACUUGAGAAGGCCAAGAAUAUUCUUCAACACUGCUCUGAAUGUAGUAAGCUUUACUUGGCUAUAACUGGGGAUUCUGUGCUUGUAAAAUUUGACAAAGCACGUGGUGCUCUUGUUGAGAGUCUUAGGCGUGUUGAAGAUAUUGUUCCACAAUCUAUUGGGUGUCAGAUUUUGGAGCUUGUGAAUGAACUUGAGGGCAUUGUUUUUUCUCUGGAUGCUUCAGAGAAGCAAGUUGGGGAUGAUAUAAUUACAUUACUCCAGCAGGGUAGAAAAUUUAACGACUCUAAUGACAAUAAUGAGCUUGAAAUGUUUCACCAAGCUGCUACUAGGCUUGGUAUUACUUCUUCCAGAGCAUCUCUUACAGAAAGAAGGGCUCUCAAGAAACUUAUUGAGAGAGCUCGUGCAGAGGAAGACAAGCGGAAAGAAUCAAUUGUGGCAUUUCUUUUGCACCUUAUGAGGAAAUACUCGAAGUUAUUUAGAAGUGAGAUAAUGGAUGACAAUGAUUCACAAGGUUCGACACCUUGUUCGCCAACUGUGCAGAGUUCCUUUGAGGAAGGAGGGCAUGCCUUUGACCGUCAACUGUCAAAACUUAGUUCUUUCAAUUUUAGGUCAAACAAUAGAAAAUCAGAGCAGAUGCCUCUUGCACCAGAAGAAUUGAGAUGUCCAAUAUCUUUGCAGCUUAUGUAUGAUCCAGUGAUAAUUGCUUCUGGACAAACAUACGAAAGGUUAUGCAUUGAGAAGUGGUUCAGUGAUGGGCACAACACCUGUCCAAAGACUCGAGAAAAGCUGCCUCAUCUUUGUUUGACCCCUAAUUACUGUGUUAAGGGUCUGAUUGCCAGCUGGUGUGAACAAAAUGGAGUUCCUGUUCCUGAUGCCCCCCCUGAAUCUCUUGAUCUUAACUAUUGGAGACUGGCUUUGUCUGAGUCUGACUCAACUAAUUCGAGAUCAAUUGGAAGUGUCCGUUCUUGCAAGUUGAAGGAAGUGAAGGUUGUUCCCAUGGAGGAGAGCGGAACGAUCGAGGAGUCGGAAUUCUGUGAACUUGAAAAUGCAUAUGCACAGGAAGAAGAGUAUAAAUACGCUCAAAAGAUAUCAGGAUUCCUGAAUGUCUUGAAUGGAGAAGAAGACUUUAGAAAGAAAUGCAAUGUUGUGGAACAAAUACGGCUCUUGCUGAAGGAUGAUGAAGAGGCCAGAAUUUUCAUGGGGGCAAAUGGGUUUGUUGAAGCGUUGUUGAAGUUUCUAGAAUCAGCUGUGCAUCAGAGGGAUUCUUGUGCUCAAGAAAUUGGAGCACUGGCUCUUUUCAACCUUGCUGUCAACAAUAACAGGAACAAGGAAUUGAUGUUAUCAGCGGGAAUAAUUCAAUUGCUGGAGGAAAUGAUCUCCAACCCCAACUGUCAUGGAUCGGCAACAGCUGUCUAUCUGAAUCUCUCCUGCUUUGAAGAUGCCAAGUCCAUAAUUGGCUCAAGUGAGGCUGUCCAAUUUUUAGUUCAGCUUUGUAAAGGUAAAACUGAAGUACAAAGCAAGCUGGAUGCUCUUCAUGCCCUUUUCAACCUUUCCACUGUCCCUUCCAAUGUUCCAAGCCUCCUUUCUGCUGGCAUUAUUAGUGCCCUCCAAUCCCUAGUGAUUUCUGGUGACCGAAUGUGGACAGAAAAAUCCCUGGCUGUUUUGCUAAAUUUGACAACAAGUCAAGCAGGAAAAAAUGAAAUGCUUUCAGCCACUGGUCUAAUUGCUGGACUUGCAACGGUGUUAGACACUGGUGAACCCAUUGAACAGGAGCAAGCUGUUGCAUGUCUUUUAAUUUUGUGUAAUAGGAGUGAGGAAUGCUGUCAAAUGGUUUUACAAGAAGGUGUCAUACCUGCACUGGUGUCAAUAUCGGUGAAUGGGACCACGAGAGGACGAGACAAGGCACAGAAACUUUUGAUGUUGUUCCGGGAGCAAAGGCAACGAGAUCAUCCUCCCGUUGGCAUUAUACAACAGGUUGACAUUGACGAAAAGACCACACCAACACUUGCUGCUGUGCCUGAUCCUUCUCCCGAACCAAAACCACUAUCUAAAUCGGUCUCAAGAAGAAAGACAAGGAGAACUUUCAGCUUUUUCUGGAAGAGGAAUAAGAGCUACUCACUUUCUCAAUGUUAACGCGCUUCUGUUGUGAAGUUUUCUUGUAUCUUCUUUUCUAGUUCUUUUUGUCCCGUACCAUGGGGCAUACUUUAUUUUUCUUUUGGUUUCGUAGAGUAGAGAUGUACAGCCCUUGUAAUCUAUGGAUUUUGUCUUUUUUUUUUUCCUGGCCAUCUACUUCUGGGUAGGAUUACAGAGUACCUUGUACUUCUUAAGGGACGCCUUAUACAAAGCUCAGCCGUUUGUUUCCGCUCA